CUAAUUUUCCCGCGUAAAGAUAAGUUCUUGAAUUCUGUGUGCGUAUGGAAUAAAAAGCAUGAAAUUAAUUAUUGAAAGAUAGCGUUUUUUAAUUCGGAGGAUUGUUAGUAAUUAAAAAAAAACCUUCAGUAUGGACAUCACCAACGAAAUCUUAGAGCAACUUGAGGAAUUCUCUCUUUCUGCAUCUGAAGAGAUUUUACUCAAAAUGAAGGAAUUUUGUUUUGCUUAUAAUUGCACUGCUGAACAUAUAGUCGAUACUUGGGUAGCCUUUUCUGCUACAAAAAAAUGUGACAUGCAGCCGACGUUGGGAAUGCUUGAUCAUAUGGAAAAAGAAGUAUUAAUGAAGAAUUCUAACAAAUCUGCAAAGAAUCGCAAAUCUGUUACUACACCUGUCUAUAAUUCUGCCAGCAUUGAUCUGAUCUCUGAUGAACGUUAUGACAUUUCUGAUAAAUCCAAUAGAAGAAAUUCUGCCACCGUGAAGAAAAGUCCUAUCAUAUUUUCUCCAAAUUCACUAACUCCAACGUGUUUUACACCAUCAAGAAAAUUUGCAUCCAGGACUGGUGCUGGAGAAGUUGUUUGUUCAUUUGGUGACACACAAAAUGUGGGAUGGAAACUUUCAGAUGAGUUUUCUUGUUCAAUAAUUCCUUAUAAUGAAAAGACUAUUCUCCAGGAUUCUUACCAUUUUAUGUGUGAGAAACUUCGAGAUCGAGCAUCAAUACUAAAUGACAUGAUACAAGAUGCAGCUCAGUAUUUUGAAGGCAAAUAUGAUAUUCAUGAGUGGGGUCAUAUUCAGUUGCCUUCUGUGGAAACUGUUUCUGUAAUUGGCCGCAUUUGUUCAGAUGGUAGUGGUAGACUGACUGCAUCCUCUUUGCUACUUGAAGGUUCUCAAGAAAUGUGCUCAGGUGCAAUUAUGCCAUUAGAUGUUAGUCGUUUGGAGAGUUUUUCUUUAUUUCCUGGACAAAUUAUUGCUGGAACAGGAAUAAACAGCUUAGGGAAAAAAAUCAUUUUAAAUAAUAUAUAUGAGGGUGUUUUCCCAUUACCAUCCCCUGAGGCUCCUGAUUUAGCCAAUUGUUUUGAUUCCCUCAAUGUUGUUGUAGCUGCUGGACCUUUUGCUACUUCUGAUUCUUUGUCUUAUGAGCCUUUAAAUGACCUCAUGAAAUAUGUCAGAGCAAAUUUGCCACAUGUUGUGAUUUUAAUUGGCCCCCUAGUGGAUAUAAACAAUGAUCUGAUUGAGAAAGGAGAUCUAAAUGAAACCUAUGAUGAACUAUUUCAGAAUUUAAUAGCUGAAAUCUUAAAGCACAUUGAAUCCUCAAGUACAAAAGUUGUUCUUGUGCCCUCCAUUAAGGACGCCCAUCAUGAUUUUGUGUACCCAACACCACCAUAUAAAACAAAGAUGUUAACUAAGGUAAUUUUUUUCCUAUAA